CCACGUUUGGUGUGGGCUGGUACAGGAAGACAAUAUCCAUGUCUCACGAGGACAAGGGCAAAAACUUCUAUCUGGAGAUGGAUGGUGCCAUGUCCUACCCCAUUGUCUGGGUCAAUGGAAAGAUCGUGGGUGGUUGGCCAUACGGAUACAACUCGUUCCAACUUGACCUCACGCCGUACAUGAACGUCGGUGACAAUCAAGUUGCCAUUCGUCUAGACAAUCCUAACGAAUCCUCCCGCUGGUACCCUGGUGGCGGUAUCUAUCGAGAUGUCUGGCUCAUUACAGUUGCCUCUACCCAUGUCGGCCAAUGGGGCACGUUCAUCACGUCCCGCGACGUCUCUGCUCGAUCCGCUACACUUGAUCUGGCUGUUGAAGUGCAGAACAACGGAGAUACAAAGAGCAAGAUCGAUGUCACAACAGAUGUUCACGAAUACGAUGCCAAGACAGGCCAGAUCGGCGCCAAGGUAGCAGCGUUUCCGCAGUACACCGUCCUCGUUGCAGCCGGCAAGACAGCAUCGCACACAACCACGACUGCUGUGAAGAAACCUCUGCUUUGGGGGCCGCCACCAUUUCAAACUCCAAACUUGUACAUGGCCGUCACGAAGUUGCACAGUGGCAGCCAGGUAAUCGAUACAUUUGAGACACGCUUCGGAAUCCGCACCUUUGCAUACGAGCCAAACAAGGGGCUCAUCGUCAACGGUGAGCAUAUACCCAUUCGAGGGACGAACCAACAUCAUGAUAUUGGAGCCCUCGGCGCAGCGUACAAUCACCGAGCGCAGCAACGCCAUCUGGACAUACUGCAGAGCUUUGGUUCGAACGCAAUCCGCAUGUCCCACAACCCUCCUGCCCCUGGCCUGAUGGACUUGGCUGAUGAAAUGGGUUUCCUCGUCAUGGAUGAGAUAUUUGAUUGCUGGGUGCUUGGCAAGACGACCAACGACUUCCACCUGAUCUUUCCAGACUGGCAUGAGCCAGAUCUUAGGGCAUUCAUCCGCCGCGACCGCAACCAUCCCUCCAUUUUCGUGUGGAGUGUUGGUAAUGAAGUCGGAGAGCAGCAGACUGGCGACGACGGUGCCAAGGUUGCUCAAGAGCUCGUCGACAUUGCUCACGACAUGGACCCAACCCGUCCGGUGACGGCGUCGAUGAACUCGGCGCAUCCUAACCAGCCAUUCCCAGUGGUCAUGGAUGUUCUGAGUCUCAAUUAUCAGGGUCAAGGCAUUCGUGACACGCCAAACUAUUCUCAGCUUGGUGGUAUCGGGACACCUCCUGCAUAUCCUGCCUUCCACGGCAACUUCAGCCGCAAGAUGCUGGAGAGCAGCGAGAGCGCUUCGGCCCUCAGCAGUCGAGGAACAUUCAUCUUUCCCGUCUUGGAGCAAGGCGACAGUGCUCCGGUCAAUGACACUUCGGGGGGUAAUUCCACCACGUUCCAGGUCAGCGCGUACGAGCUCUACAGCGCUGACUACGGUUCCUCCGCCGACAAGGAAUUCCGGUCACUUGAUCAGAACCCGUAUGUCGCUGGAGAGUUUGUCUGGACUGGGUGGGAUUACCUCGGCGAGCCGACGCCGUACAACGUCCGUAGCUCAUAUUCUGGAAUUGUUGAUCUGGCCGGCUUUCCCAAGGAACGGUUCUACAUUUACCAGUCGCGCUGGCAGCCUGACUUGCGCAUGGCCCACAUUCUGCCGCACUGGACCUGGCCAGAUCGUGCUGGCAAGGUCACGCCGGUCCACGUCUUCUCCUCAGGCGACGAGGCCGAGCUUUUUGUCAAUGGGAAGUCUCAAGGCCGCCAGACAAAGGAGCCGCUUACCUACCGCUUCCGCUGGGACAAGGUAGUCUACCACCCUGGAGAGCUGCAUGUCGUGACCUACAAGGACGGAAAAGUAUGGGCCAAGGAUACCGUCCAGACUGCGGGCGAGCCUGCGAGGUUACGUCUUACGGCAGAUCGCUCGAAGAUUACUGCAGACGGCCUUGACCUAUCCUAUCUCAGUGUUGAGGUGCUCGAUCACCAAGGACGAUUCGUGCCGCAGGCAACCAAUGCCAUCACAUUUUCCGUGUCUGGUGCUGGCCAGCUUGUGGCUACAGACAAUGGCGAUCCUUCAGACUAUGUUUCGUUCCCGUCUCCCAAGCGUCAUGCGUACAGUGGCCGGGCACUUGCCAUUGUCAAGGGUGAGAAAGGGCAGCCGGGAAAAGUAGUCGUCGAAGCCUCUGCUGAUGGUCUUGCGUCUUCAAAAGUUACCCUCCAUACCAUUUCAUAAUAAAAUCGUAUAAACUUAGUAAAAG